ACAAUGUAGGCCUAUGAUGCUUUAUAGCUAAGAUGGACAAUAUUUGAGACACAACCUACCAGGCCUGUCACUUAAGCACUUCAACAAGUAGCAGUUUUUCCCUCUUCAAAAUGACUCUGGUACAAACUAUGGCAGUCUAUGCCACCCUGUGGACUAUAUCAGAUUUAGUGGAACAGAAAUUCAUCAGUAAGAAGGAGCAGAUGGAUUACCAGAAGUCUGUCAGGAUGGUGACUGUCGGAACUUUUGUUGUAGCCCCUAUCGUUUACACCUGGUUAUUCAUAGCAGAGCAAAUGUUUCCAGGAAAAGCAAUCAAAAACGUGGUGAAGAAAAUGAUCACGGGCCAAGUUGUUUUUGCCCCCUUUGCCAUUAAUUCUACAUUUUAUUUUUCAACUUGUAUGCUUGAAAGAAAAUCAUUCCAACAAUUUAAAGAGGAGUGGUUCAAGAAAUUUCCAGUCACUUACAAGACAAAUCUCAUGUUUUGGCCAUUUGUUCAGUCUGCAAACUACUCACUUGUUCCAUACAAAUACAGACCAAAAGUGGUGGGCUGUGCUUCUUUCUUAUGGUCAAUGUUCCUCUGUUACACAAAGGAGCCCUCUAAGGAAGAAGUAGUGAAAGAGAGAAGCUGACAACAAAAACAGAUAGGAAUAAUACAUUCAAUUGAAAAUAUUUUGUAUCAAUAUUUUUUUUCCCGAAUGACUUUGUAGCUUGAACUGUAUAUAUGCAGUACAUGUAGUAAUCUGUGAUGAUCACUAAUUGAAGUCUUAUGUAAUGGUCAUCUUCAAUGAUACUGAAAAAGGACAAGAUAACUCGUGUCCUUUCAGUAAAAAAAUUGUUUAAGAGGUUUUGUUUUCAACAGAAAACAAGAUGUGUUUGUAAAGUCAAACACUUAAAUGCCUCCAAUUAAAGUUUUUCAAAUGUAAAUCAAACUCCAGGGUCAACUGGAAAAAAGGCAACUGGGCAAAAACUUUUUCUCCCAAAUAUUGAUUUUGGGGGCAUAAAUCUUCUACAAAUAUAUAGCCUUUACAUAUACAGAAUAAAUUUUAUUGAUGUAAGUACAUUUAUAUAAUUUAAGUGAAAUAUUCAAAAGGAAGCAUGGGGUUUGUGAAUUUGCCACUUGGCAUAAACAUUUUUCCCAAUAAAAUUGUUUUAUUUUCA